GCGUAGGGUGUAGUGUGGGUAUUGGGGCUACCAGCGCGGUGUUUGGCUCGUUUUGAGGAAAAUACGACUGUAGCUCACUGUCUGCCUUGCUGGGGUUGCAGAGAGGUGUUGGUUUUGUAGAAGCAAUGUUCCGCUGAUGAGUUAUUGAUCCGGAAAAGCCGAAUAUGUGAAUAUCUUUCUAACUUUACCGAAGUCUUAUUCAAGCCGACCUAAACACGCCCCUCUCUGAAACGUUACUUCAUAGACUUUAGGGUUCAAGUCCCGUUAGAUCGCAGCAACACGAGAUUUCUAGGUCAGAGAAAGAAAGACGACAUCUACCCCAGGGGCGUUCCAAUCUGACGCUGCCAGCCAUGGGGGACAUUCAGAAAGGGAAGAAGGUGUUUGUCCAGAAGUGUUCCCAGUGCCACACUGUGGAGGAAGGGGGGAGCCAUAAGGUGGGGCCAAAUCUCUGGGGGUUGUUUGGACGGAAGACGGGCCAAGCACCUGGAUACUCCUAUACUCAGGCCAACAAGACGAAAGGUAUCAUAUGGAAUGAGGAAACUCUGAAUGUCUACCUUGAAAACCCAAAGAAGUACAUUCCAAGUACCAAGAUGGUCUUCGCUGGAAUGAAAAAGAAAAAAGAGCGAGAAGACGUUAUUGCCUACUUGAAGCAUGUUACCUCUUAAUACACCGAUAACCCCAGACUACACAGAGAGUUCCUGCAAAGUUCACUUUGCUAAAACAAAUAUUUGUCUUUGACUGAUAAUUGGAGGUUUAUUCCUGAAUUGCUUUUGAAAAGUUGGUUGUAAAAAAUCUUUAAACUGUUGACUAACCACGAUGUUUCCCUAAAACUGCCUGUUUUUAAUGACCAUGAGUCACAUUGCCUGCAGUUUUUGGGGAAAGCACAAGUUUUAUUGCUUUGUGCACCUGAGAUGACCACAUGCAUAUUUACUCAAGUCUUAUUUUGUGUCUGCAUUUAACUUCAUUUUUUUUCUAAGCUACAGGAUUCAUUGUGUGCUCCUUUUCCAUGUUGCAUGAAUGGAACAUGUUGGUCUUAUUCUUAGUUGACUUUUGGGGCUUUUGUAUCUUACAGGGUUGUGUUUUUAUAAACUAGAACUUUGAGUGAG